AUGUCGACAUCGCAAGACGAACGUGUUUCAAACAAGGGUCUUCAUUUAUGCACACCACCGAGCCGGAAUUCGUUAAUAGAGUGCGAUAUGAUUGAACUGCUAGUUUGUGUUCCGUCUGAGGUUGCAAAGAAUUUAUCAAACCAACAGAAAAACUUAUCCGGCGAUGUCAUCGUCCACGGUCAGAAGUCGAACAAGGUGAGCAAUGACGAUCAACAAUUUCUGCCAUGGAUGCAUGUCCUCGUGAUCGGAGAAGGGCAGAUCCGUGGAAGACUGUUCCCCCACCUUAGUCACGGGCACGUCAUGGGUCCCUGCACAUGUGCUAUGUUCCAUGGCCAAACAACCACCAAUUCCUUCUCCAUGCUAUUCUCCAUGCCCAACCACCACAACAACCCUUACGAUCAACCUCAUGAUAUCAUUUACUCCUCCUCUUCUUCCUCCUCCUCCGUCGACUGCACCCUCUCCCUCGGUACCCCUUCCACCCGUUUCACCGAAGACGAAGAGAAGCGUACCCGCCAUGAACGUCGUUCCUCCGUCUCCAACUUCUGCUGGGAUUUGCUACAAUCCACCAAACACAACCACUCUCAAACCAAGUCCUCCUCAAACCGCCCCUCCAACAACGCCGAUCCUCUCCUCGCUCGUCGUUGCGCCAACUGUGACACCACUUCUACACCGCUCUGGAGGAAUGGCCCCCGUGGCCCAAAGUCUCUAUGCAAUGCCUGUGGCAUACGGUUCAAGAAAGAGGAGAGGAGGGCCAGUGCAGCAGCCGCCACCACCGCCGCGGCUUCUGGUAGCGUGAUGGAUUCAUCGCAGAUGUACAGCCACCACAACAGUAACUCGUGGUACGCGCAUUCGCAGAGCCAGAAGAUGGCCGCGGCGGCGAUGGGCGGCGAGUUCCGUUUCGUUGACGACGGUGAUGUCCGGGACUCCGAAAACGGCAUUCCGUUCCUGUCGUGGAGGCUCAACGUUACUGACAGAACAAGCCUCGUUCACGACUUCACAAGAUGAAAAGAAAGAACAACGUUAUCAUCAAAUAUGAAUAACAAUAUAAUAACAGAACCAAAAACAUCACAACUCUCUCAAAGAAGGAGGAAGUAGCUUUCUAGUACUAAUAUCUAAUCUAUCCAUCCAUCCAUCCUCCAACCAAACCAAGCAGUUAUAUACGUCAACGUUUUACGAUGAUCAUGAUGAUGAGGAGGAUGAUGUAGAAGAUAUUUUUGAUUGCGACGGUUGUGGUCUCGUCAAUAUGAUGUUUUUUUCUUUUUAAUUUUAAAUUGAUCUUUUUUUCCCGUUUUGUUUGCUUCCUAUUCUCCGUCUUGCAUUUGCAUAGGAUGGAGUGAGAAUGGGAUAAUUCUAUAUUCUUAGUUUGC